GAACAACGAGAUCUUACGCCAUCAGCGACCAUCUCCUGUGUGUAGCUCAGUCAGGUCAAGGAAGCUGCUUCUGAACUUGUGCUGGCACUCGGCUAGUGUUUUCUUCAUGUCUCGAAGCUCAUAAAUCUUCCCAUCGCAAAACCACUAUCCCUGAGCUUUUCGUCAUGAUUGAUCUUGCCAGGGGACACCCAUCAACGCGCCUAUUCCCUGUCGAGCGCUUUCAAAAGGCGACGCAGACAUUUCUAGAGAAGCUUGCUUCAGGACAGUGGGACGGUUCAACGCAACUUUCUGAUGAGUCCCUUGUCAGGGAACGCGACCGGCAUCCCAUGCAAUAUGGUGCUGACUUAGGCUCUCAUGACUUGCGAGCUAGCAUACUGGAAUGGGAAAGGUCGAGAGGGAUUUCAAGGAACUUGCACCCGGAUAUGUUGGGCGUGACAUGUGGAGCUAGUUAUGGCUUGAUGAAUGCAGUCACACAAUUCGCUGAACAGGGCUACACAAGCAGAAUCUUCAUGAUCACUCCAGCCUACUUCCUGGCAGCCCGUAUAUUCAUUGAUGCUGGCUUCGAGGACUGUCUCACGGCUAUCGAUGAAGUCAACAACCUUGAUGAUGGACUUGUUGGCCCUGAUCUGAAGCAAUUGACCGCCUACGUUGAAGGCGACGCAGCACGUUCCAAGUCCGAAGCAACCUUGGCCGGCAAGCGAUUCAAGUACAUCUUCUAUGGGGUCCCGAAUUUCAGUAACCCCAGCGGUAUCACUUGGACAGAGUCGACCAGGAAGGACCUGGUUCGGCUAGCACAGAAGCACGACAUGCUGAUUAUCACUGACGAAGUGUACGAAGGCUUGUCCUGCUCGACCGUGAAAAACGAGCAUGUCAACACCUCUGAAGUACAUUCUCGUAUGGUAGACUUGGAUCUAGCAUCAAAGAAGACGACUGGAUUUGGUAACUGUAUCGGCAAUCGCUCGUUCUCCAAAUACCUUGGACCUGGUCUUCGAGUCGGCUACGUGGCCUGCUCUUCGACUCAGAUGGCAGCUCAGUUCAGUGCAGGCGGCGCCAAUCAUUCGGGAGGAGCCACGAGUCAAUUGACUUCCUACAUUGUAAGAGAGCUCGUCAGAGAGGGAGACGACUCAAGACAAUCAACUUACCCAAUUGUCGAAAUCUUGGCUGAGCUUCAAGAAGUGUAUGCUCUCAGACGCGAUGCCAUGCUUGAGGUCUUGUUUGCUUCUUUGCCUAAAGGCAGCUUGGUCAAUGGCCACGACGCAGCUUCCAUAGCGUUGGCCCCGCAAGGCGGAUACUUUUUGUGGGUCACACUUCCUCAGCAUUCGCACAUUGACUUGCCAGACGUCUUGAGCAGACUUCGAGAUGAGAAAGGAGUACUUGUGAUGCCUGGACUAGGCUUCGAGGUGAAAUCAAGUGGUCCCGAGUCAAGAGGUUGGGCCAGCCGCUGCUUUAGACUCAGUUUCAGCUGGGAGGAAGCUGAUAAAUGUGUCAAGGGCGUCAAGAAGCUCUGUCAGGCUAUUGAUGAAGCAUGGAUGCACAAGCACGAAACAGCUGAGCAAUGAUCUAUCUC